CGAGGGCGCGCGCGCCCCGCGCUCCCAUGCGCCGCUGCUGCCCGGCUCUAUUUGUAAACACUCCGACCGCCGCCGCCUCCGCUGCUGCCGCCGCCGCCGUCGUCGCCGCCGCCGCCCGCCCGCUGGCUCUGCCGUUGCCGCAGCAGCUUCCAACCAAGAUGGCGGCCGGUGGGAGCGGCGGCGGCCUGUCGUCCUGCCCGCCGGGGGUAGGGAACGGCUGCAGCAACAGCAACGGCAGCGGCGGCGGCGGGCCCGGGACGGGCCUGAGCUACAAUAAUUGUGCCGUGGCGGCGGCCGCAGCCCCGGCCCCCGGAAACCCGGCGGCCGCCUCCGCUUCCUCCGCCGCGGCGGCGGCGGCCCCGGGCCCGGCCCCCGCUCCGGCCCCGCCCGGGGCCGUGGGGGCGGCGGCGGCGGCGGCGGCGGGGCUGGUGCUGCACCGCGAGCCCGUCUACAACUGGCAGGCGACGAAGCCCACGGUGAAGGAGCGCUUCGCCUUCCUCUUCAACAACGAGGUGCUCAGCGACGUGCACUUCCUGGUGGGCAAAGGCAUGAGCUCGCAGCGCAUCCCCGCACACAGGUUUGUGUUGGCUGUGGGCAGUGCUGUCUUCGAUGCAAUGUUUAAUGGUGGAAUGGCCACAACUUCUACAGAAAUUGAACUGCCAGAUGUGGAACCUGCUGCUUUCUUAGCUUUACUCAAAUUUCUUUAUUCUGAUGAAGUUCAGAUUGGGCCAGAGACUGUUAUGACCACACUCUAUACAGCUAAAAAGUAUGCUGUUCCUGCUCUUGAGGCACACUGUGUGGAAUUUCUAAAGAAAAAUCUCCGAGCUGAUAAUGCUUUCAUGCUUCUGACACAGGCAAGACUCUUUGAUGAACCCCAACUGGCCAGCCUGUGCUUGGAGAAUAUAGAUAAAAACACAUCGGAUGCUAUCAAUGCAGAGGGCUUCACAGACAUUGAUUUAGACACGCUUGUUGCCGUGCUGGAGCGGGACACCUUGGGUGUCCGGGAGGCCCGCUUGUUUAACGCCGCAGUUCGCUGGUCAGAAGCAGAGUGUCAGCGGCAGCAGCUUCCAGUGACUCCGGAAGACAAGCGGAAAGUGUUGGGCAGAGCCCUUUCCCUCAUCCGUUUCCCACUGAUGACAAUUGAAGAGUUUGCUGCAGGGCCUGCUCAGUCGGGCAUCCUCACCGACCGGGUGGUCAGCCUGUUUCUCCACUUUACCGUGAACCCAAAGCCUCGAGUGGAGUUCAUUGACAGACCUCGCUGCUGCCUUCGAGGGAAGGAGUGUAGUAUCAAUCGCUUUCAGCAGGUGGAGAGCCGCUGGGGCUACAGCGGGACUAGUGACCGGAUCAGGUUCUCAGUUAACAAAAGGAUAUUUGUGGUGGGGUUUGGAUUAUAUGGAUCAAUACAUGGACCGACGGAUUAUCAAGUCAACAUACAGAUCAUUCACACUGAUAGUAACACAGUCCUGGGUCAGAAUGACACCGGCUUCAGCUGUGAUGGGUCCUCUAAUACAUUCCGGGUCAUGUUUAAAGAGCCUGUGGAGAUCCUGCCCAAUGUUAACUACACGGCGUGUGCGACACUGAAGGGUCCGGAUUCCCACUAUGGCACCAAAGGCCUGCGCAAGGUGAUCCGUGAGUCACCCACAACGGGGGCCAAGACCUGCUUCACCUUCUGUUACGCAGCUGGAAACAACAAUGGCACCUCGGUGGAGGAUGGACAGAUCCCAGAGAUCAUCUUCUACACAUAAUGGCCUGCCUGGCAGUGCCGUCCUGGAGUGGCCCUCUCCCCCUCUCCUCUCCGGCUGAGUCCGACCGUGCCAAUGGGCGCGGCUGGCCCAACACACACUUCCAUGUUUCUGCCUCGUGUUAGUGAUGCCGCUGCCGCUCUCCCCACAGACUGGUUUACAGGAAUCCACUAUAGUCACAUGGGGUAGUAACUGCCUCCAUUUUAGUGGUCAUCUUAUUCUCUGACUUCAUGAAAAGCAUUUUUUAAAAAAUUGUAAUGAAUGUAGAUGCUUUUAUGUUGAUUAGAAGCAUGAAAAAAAUACUUUGGUUGAGGUGGGAAACUUCCUGUAAUGAGACAAUCCCUUAAGAGAUUGGAGGAAAAAACCAAACAAAACAGGAGGGUCAUAUUGACCCUUGCCAUCUCCUCCUCCCCCUUCCCUCCCACACCCUCCUUCCUCAUACACAGGGGAAAGAGCAUUUGUCCUUUGGGUCCAGGGAUACAACCCAGCGGGGUGGGGUUUGCCUCAUUGCAAAGGUUUUUUAAGUGAAUGUCUGAAGAGAGCCGUCCUUUACGUCGGUCAGCCCUGUGGUGCCCACAGUCAGUUGUAUCCCUUUGUUAACUAGAGACAAUCUGUUCUGUGUCAUACACGUGGCACCAGGUGGACUGACCACUUGUCUGUGAGCGAGGGACAGCAUGUCAGCAUGGGAGGAGGAGCAGAGGCGGGGUCCCGGAGCGUCCCUCAGACUUUGCUUCCGGGUCGAGAUAGUGGCUCCAUUUUGUCAGUGUCCGGUAAGCUUGGGGGGUGAUCCCACACUGUCUUGGGGGAGCCAGUUGAGAGAGAAAAAGGAAGUCCUUUCAGCGGCAGAAGCUGUCGGGUGAACUAACCUGAUCCCAGAAUCCCCCCUAAAACUGCCGUUGUCUGUGUCAUUUAUUUUUGUAGACUGCACGUUGCAAUGCAUUCUGGGAUUGACCCUUCUCCUGUAAGGAGGGGUAUGUAUGGUGUUGGGGGAAGGGAGAGAUCCUCAUUCUUAUUUUGUGUGAGUGUGAGAGAGAGUGUGUGUGUGUGUGUGUGUGUGUGUGUGUGUGUGUGUGUGUGUGUGUGCACCAGAUGCCCAGAGCCUAGGUCAGGAAACAGCCCAGCCCAGGGGCUUCCUUGCCACGUGGCCCAGGGCCGAGGGAACGUUUCAGGAACGUGUUGCAGACUUUGUUCUUGUUCUUCCCCACUCCUCCUAGUUCCCUGGUGGCCAGAAAUGGAGUCCGUGCUUAUUUCGGCUAAUCUCUUCCUUGCCUUAGUGCUUUACUGAAGUCCGUUUCUCUGCAGCCUUUUUGUAAAGGCUUGUGUUUGGGAAGGAUCCUUAGUCCAGAAGGGGGCAGCUUCUACCCAUUUGCUUUCUGCCUUGUUCUUACCAGAGAGGGUGAGGAUGCCCCUUUCCCCUUUUACUUUGUGCACAUUAGGGGAUUGACUCCAAGACCUGAUUUACAACUGGAUCACUCACAGAAGUGUCGUGGUUUCCUUGUUUGAGAGUUGUGUGGGGCCACUUCCUGUUCCUUUUGUUUGUAUCUUGGUUAAAUGAUGCUACACAAAUCCCCCAAGGGCAAAAAGACCUGAGUUUGUUGUCCAUUGUCUUUCUCUUCGAGGCCAGAGUGCACAGAUGGGCCUGUCCUGCUGCCCAGGGCUGGAGCGCAGGGCUUAACUCACUCGGUUUGUCUCGGUGGGCGCCUGCGUCCUGCCCUCAUGCUGCCUCCCUCACAGCGAUGAGCCAGGAAGUUGCCUUCUGCCUUGCUGUUCGAGGUCUGAGGACUUGGAUGCGAGGGCAGUUUUCUCACGGGGAUGAACGGUGAUCCCCUUUUCUCUUCUACAGUAACUGUAGCGAGGUUUUGCUGUCCAGGCUAAGCUGGUAGCAGGCUCGAGCCGUAUAACUUGAUUGAACAGAGCAGACAGCUCCGAGGCCCAGAUUAGUGGUAGCCAACAUUCAUGUCAUAGGGCUAGUUCUUGGGUCAGGAGCCCACUGUCAGGCAGUGUGUUGUGAGCUGAAAUCCUCAGUGAAUGACCAGGCCCACUGGCCCCUUCCUCCAGAGGAAAACAUUUGCUGGAAGAUAGACACUGUGGCUGUGUUUGUUGAGCACUUGCCUUGUUUUCACCUUGAUGUUGUUUCUGAAUGUCAGCGUUCUCUGCCUACAGGUGCUGGAGGGACACCAUUAGGUGUCCCUGCUUCCCCUCUGCCCUUUCCUCUGGUGCCCUCUUCAUUUCUCAUCUUGUCCCAUCCCCUGCCCAAGAAAGCAGGAUAUUCCUUGGGUACUAUACCAAGCACUUGUCACAGGGGAAGAUGAUUUGUGUGGGCGUGUGUGUGUGUGUGUGUGUGUGUGUGUGUGUGUGUGUGUGUGUGUGUUUCAUUCCAACAGUUUUUCAGUUUCAGUGAUUCCUUCUGUUCUACAGAAUCCCUCCUCCCAGAAGCCAUGGCAAAGGUGUGAUCCCUCACACCUCAUCCUAUUGAAAUGAUUUUUAAAAAAUAAAAUAAAAUAAAUGUGUACACAUCUUC